GAUAAGAAGGAUUUGUACAAAUUAAAAUCCGCAAAGAAAAGGUGAGAUGGAAUUGGUGUGCUGACGCUUCUUUUGCAAAGAAGUCGUUGAAUUUCCUCAGAACCAACUUCCGUCUAACCAGGUUUUAACUUUUUGUGUAGUGAAGAUGCCCUGGAGCUGGGUUCAGAAGGCAGAUAACAAUUCCGAGUGGUUAAGUGCAAAAAUAAAAGAAUGGACAAUACAACAAGAAACGUGGAAACAGCAAUUACUGCUUGAACCAGAAGAUUUAUCCUCAACGGUAGAUAUGGAGAGACUUUUUGAAACUUUUCCCAUGAUUGGAGGGUUAGAUAUUACUCCUGACAAGGAACAAGACGAUAUAGCGUACGUGGGUAUCGUUGUAUUGAGCUCAAAGUCACUACAAGUCAAGUAUUGUCAGACCCAUUGUGUCAAGCUUCAAGUUCCAUACGUUCCCGGCUUUUUAGGUUUCCGAGAAGCUCCUGCUUUAAUAAACGCGGUCGAAUGUUUAAAAAGAGAGAAGGUUGAUUGCUUCCCUCAAGUAUUGCUGGUUGACGGAAACGGUAUACUUCAUCCAAGGGGGUUUGGGAGUGCUUGUCAAGUUGGCCUCUCUCUAAACCUUCCCACUAUAGGAGUUGCAAAGUCACUUUUAAGUGUCGAUGGCUUGAAUACGUUACAGAUUAAAGAACAAAUUUGUGAAGAAGGAAAACGCUGGUUGCCUUUGUUAGGAUCUUCAAACCGUGUAUUAGGUGCUGCCCUGCUUAGCAAUGAAUGUGUGAAACGACCCAUUUUUGUUUCGGUAGGUUACCGUAUCAAACUUUUGGAAGCCAUCAACCUGGUAUUUCACACUUGUCGCUACCGUAUACCGGAGCCCAUUCGCAUAGCAGACAAGAUUUCUAGGCAAGCAUCCAGCAGAGACUUCUGCUAAGCUCUCGAAUUUCAUUACCAAUUUAUUUU